AUGCAUCUGACCAAUAAAGGUGCAAUUGUUUCUUCAAUUAAUCCUGAAACAGAGUCAGUCUGGAACAAUAAGAGUGCUUCGGAAUGGCGAUUUGGCCAACUGGAACCACAAAUCCCGGAUGCCUGGUCCCCUGGAGUUUACCUGCAUUCAGGUCUUAGUACAGAUUGGUACUCCGUACCUAUCUACACAGAAUCCGGAUGUCAAACCAGUGGUCAAAGCCACUGGUCCACAGAUGCGAACUCCAAUUCACCGAGACGAAUCACCACGCGAUUGUGCCAUUCCGAAGAGGGAGAUGAUGAAAACGGGGUGUACCAGUCGUGCUUCGCGGAUUCCGAUCCACUGGAUGAUCCGCAUACAAACCCCGUGGAACGGAAAGGACCACAACCGGAGGACAGUGAAUCGAAUCGCACAACUAAACGAGCCCGAACUGCCUAUACACAAACCCAAUUGAUUGAACUAGAGAAAGAAUUCUGGUACAGUCAAUACUUGUGUCGUCCACGUCGAAUCGAAAUCGCGGCAGCUUUAAAUUUGUCCGAGAAACAGAUCAAAGUAUGGUUUCAGAAUCGUCGGAUGAAAUUCAAGCGCCAACGUCUCAACGGAACUGCGUGCCCGGAUCCAACGGUCACUGGAUCCGGUUCCGAGAACACAGUAUCCUCUCACUCGGACCAUCUACGGCGUUGUCAUCAUUCACAUUCACUUUCACAUUUGUCGGAAAGGAUGCGAACCAAUCAGCAGGCGAAUCACCAGGAGCAAAUAUCCUGCUCAAACGAGUCUAUUCGGGGCCAAUUGCAACCGAAUAACUUAUUCAUGACGGAAGUCGAAUCCAAACAAGCAAAUCACCGGGAUGGAAAGAGUAAAACAUCGAAAGAUUUGCACAAUUCCCAUUCGGAAACAGAUAAUGAGUCGGUAACUACGGAGAAUAUCGUACGGUACCACUCUGUUCAAACUGAAGGUGAGAAACAUUUCCCGGCCUGGGAACAACAUCUGCCUUCUACGUGGACUUCUUCCUCGUGCAUUCCGGGAUACCAGUGCAUGUCUGGGAAGAGCAUCGUAGCCAAUGAUCCGGUCCCUAGACCGGAGUUCAGAAUGUACUACGAACAGAAAUGGUGUUUGGAAUCAGUAUCUCAUCCGAAUGCACACGACAGACUGGAAGUAUGCCAACCGUUUAGCUAUUGGGCGCAACCAGAAUUAACUUCGACCGAGAAAACGGGAAACAUUUUACCACGGGAUAAUUUUGAUUUAGAUCACUUUACUAAUUCGCCCGGCGAAUGCUUUGAACAAACUAACUUGUUGUUAGACACGUAUGGUGCAACCAAUCUUGAUCAGAUGAACUGGUUGAGCACAUGUGCGGCGCGAUCUUCCAGACAAGGAUCGAGUAUGAAUACCAAUUCACCUGAAUCAUGGAGGGCUUUAUCUUAUGAGAUCUAA